CACCAGGACGGCGCCAUGCGGGUGCGGUACACCGACGUCGACUACCGGGUCUUCACCGACGCGGCGCGGCUGGUGACCGAGGGGCGGUCGCCCUACCGGCGGGCCACCUACCGCUACACCCCGCUCCUGGCCUGGCUCCUGACGCCCAACGUCUACCUGGCCGAGGUCUUCGGGAAGCUGCUCUUCGUGGCGGGGGACUUGGCGGCGGCCGUCGUCGCCUACCGGGCCCUGCGGUACCGGGGGGCCGCCGCCGGCCAGGCCUGCGGGUGCUGCGCCGUCGCCUGGCUCCUCAACCCUCUGCCCAUGGCCGUCUCCAGCCGGGGCAACGCGGAGGCCCUGGUCGCGCUGCUGGUGCUCGCCACCCUGCACUUGGCGGAGGCGGGGAGCGUGGGGAAGGCCGCCGUCUGCUACGGGCUGGCCGUGCACCUCAAAAUAUACCCGCUGACCUACGCGCUGCCCAUAGCGCUCCACCUGCAGAGCAGGCGCGGCGGCGGGGAAGGGGCGGCGGAUACGGGGCGCGACAAAAAAGCAAAGCUCGCGUUCGUAGCGUACCUCUGGCAGCUGUUUGUAAAGAUGCUGAACCGCGACGUGCUGCUUUUUGCAACCGUUGCUGGAUCCGUGCUGGCCGCCUUGACUCUUGCGUUCUAUUACCUGUACGGCUGGGAGUUUUUGGAGCAUGCCUACCUCUACCACCUGACCAGGAGGGAUAUCCGUCAUAACUUCUCUCCCUAUUUCUACAUGUUGUACUUAACUGCAGAGAGCAAAUGGAGUUUUGCCCUUGGGCUCGCAGCUUUCCUGCCCCAGCUGCUUUUGCUCCUGGUUGUGUCCAUAGCGUUUUACAGAGACCUUGCCUUCUGUUGUUUCCUACAUACUGCUAUUUUUGUGAGUUUUAACAAAGUAUGCACGUCCCAGUACUUUGUCUGGUAUCUCUGCCUCUUGCCCCUCAUAAUGCCUAGUGUUAAGAUGUCCUGGCGUCGUGGUGUGCUGCUUCUCUCUCUGUGGUUUGUUGGACAAGGCCUGUGGCUCGCUCCUGCGUACUUUCUGGAGUUCAAAGGAUAUAACACUUUUUUACUCAUAUGGUUGGCAGGCUUGCUUUUCCUUUUUAUUAAUAGCCUCAUAAUUGUUCAGAUUAUUUCAUAUUAUCAGAAAGAACCGCAACUUGCAAAAAAACUCAAACAACAGUAAUAAACAGGCCAACGUCCAGAAACAGCCCUACUAUCCUUGAUAAGGCUUUUCAUACUGCCAGCACUUUGUUUAAUAUAAAUGCGUGUACAUUGUACUAAAGCACGUUGUAUGUAAAUAAUACUGUUUCAGGGCC